CCAGCGAUGCCUCAAUUCAAACAUUUCUCUAUAAAUAAAGUGCAUCCACUUCUUCUACAAGGCUAGGGUUUUACAAAGCGGCUGCUGUUUCUUUUUAUUUUCCCGUCUCUCGGAGCUUCGUAACUGUCGAAUAUUUUCACCUAGCCAUCAUGGGGAAGACACGUGGUAUGGGAGCUGGUCGCAAGCUGAAGACCCACCGCAGGAAUCAAAGGUGGGCAGACAAGGCAUAUAAGAAGUCCAACCUUGGAAACGAAUGGAAGAAGCCAUUUGCUGGGUCUUCCCAUGCUAAAGGAAUUGUUCUUGAGAAGAUUGGUAUUGAAGCUAAGCAGCCUAACUCUGCUAUUCGUAAAUGUGCGAGAGUUCAAUUGAUUAAAAAUGGGAAGAAGAUUGCUGCCUUUGUUCCAAAUGAUGGUUGCUUGAACUACAUAGAAGAAAAUGAUGAGGUGUUGAUUGCUGGAUUCGGACGAAAGGGUCAUGCCGUGGGUGAUAUUCCUGGUGUAAGGUUCAAGGUUGUGAAAGUCUCUGGUGUCUCCCUCUUGGCACUCUUCAAAGAGAAGAAGGAGAAGCCAAGAUCUUAAGGAGGAGGCAUUCUAUCCAUUUCUCGUAAUAGUUUAUUUAAAGUUAUGCUAUGUUACUUUCUCUUUUUUGAGUGGAUUUUGUGAACAAUUUCAAAUCAGUUGUCUAGUUAAUGCAACAUCUUGUGGUGCCA